AGUAAAGCAUCCUCACGUGUAUUGUAUUGCCGAUCGUUCAACAGGUGUGUAUGAUCCAGAAUGGCCGCCUACUCGGAGCCUGAGCACGUUGCUGAACCUCAGAAUGGAAGCAGCUGGAUCAAGGACGGCUUGGGACGUGGAGGCGGACGACAAUGUCCUCUCCCUCCGGAUGGACAUGCCUGGCCUCAGCAGGAAGGAUGUGAAGGUCUCUGUGGAGCAAAACACCCUGACGAUCAAGGGCGGGGGCGAGAAGGAGUCGGGGAAGGGCAGGAGGAGGUACUCGGGCACGAUGGAUCUGCCGCCAAACCUGUUCAAGCACGGGGAGAUAAAGGCGGAGAUGAAGAACGGCGUGUUGAAGGUGGUGGUCGCCAAGGUGAAGGAAGAAGAGAAGAAGGAUGUUCUCCAGGUUAAGAUUGAGUGA